UCCUGUAAAUCCCAAAUGCUCUUGAGAACUGAAAACAAAAACAGCCUGAGCGCCUGUGUCGGCCAACUUUGGUCCCCUCAAGUGACGAACCUACUACCCUAACAAAGAGAUCCCACUGAAGGUAAUUAAAAGUGCGGCUUUCUAGAAUAUUCCUCCCUCCCCAGUAGGGUCAGAUCUUUACAGUGUCAAAACCAUGAAGGGAGUCGCCGGCUGGCAGUUCUGCAGCUGUAUGAGGGCUGUGAACAUGGUGGCAUGUGGCUGGGAUUAGGAAAUUUCACUGUGGAUUAAAAUCUUUCCAACGCUUCCAUGGCCACCGGCUAAAAGAGAAGGAGUCCAAAGCUCCAGCACAGAUCCAGUUAGCAGUCGGGGCCCAAAGACUCACUGAGCAGACUCCAGGAUGUUCCAGCUGCUCCCGGGUCACAUCCAGCCAACUGGACACCGAACCCGAAAAAGCCGCCUGGUCACCAAAGACGGGCACUGCAACAUCGAGUUUGGCAACAUCGAGUACAGUAACCAUUUUGCCUUUGUGGUUGACUUCUGGACGACCUUCGUGGAGAUCCGCUGGCGUUUCGUUCUCCUGCUGUUUGUUUCCACCUUUACAGGCAGCUGGUUUGUGUUUAGCCUGUUGUGGUACUGGAUCGCAAAGAGCAACGGGGAUCUGAUCGCGCAGAACCGAACAGAGGGGCAUGUGCGCUGUAUAGACAAUGUUAAUGGCCUCACAACGGCGUUCCUGUACUCGCUGGAGACCCAAACCACCAUUGGAUAUGGUGGCAGAGCGCUGACUGGGCACUGUGCUGGCACCGUGGCUCUGAUAAUCAUCCAGUCUCUAGUCGGGGUCUUCAUCAACUGCUUUAUGUGUGGAAUCAUCCUGGCAAAGAUCUCCUUACCCAAGAAAAGGGCAAAGACUGUCACCUUCAGCAACACGGCAGUUAUAUGUUUGAAGAAAGGAAGCCUAAGUCUCCUCAUAAGAGUGGCCAACCUAAGGAAGACCUUACUGAUCGGAAGCCAGGUUUAUGGGAAACUGCUGAGGACAAACACCACACCAGACGGAGAGACCAUCAUCCUGGAUCAGGUGGAUGUUGACUUUAUGGUUGACGCUGGCAAGGAUAACCUAUUUUUUUUCUGUCCUCUGACUCUGUACCACGUCAUUAAUAGAUCCAGCCCAUUCUACGAGCUUUCCGCUGAUACUCUCCCCCUACAGGACUUUGAGUUAGUGGUGUUCUUAGAGGGGACGGCCGAGUCAACUAGCUCCUCCUGCCAGGUACGAACCUCAUACAUCCCACAGGAGAUCCAGUGGGGCUACAAUUUCCUUCCCAUCAUUUCCCGCACUAAAACAGGAAAGUAUAGAGUUGAUUUCUCAAACUUUUCAAAAAGCGUCCGGGUCACUACGCCGCACUGUGUUCACUGCUUUGACUCAGACGUAGACCAGAAAAACCACAACAACCACAACAAGGAGAACCACAUCAAUCAGCUUAAGUUGGGCAUUGACAACCUGGGAUUCCAGGUCAUUAACAUUCAUGAACCUGUCGAUGUUACGAAAAUGUGAACUGGUCGUGUUCAAUGGUAAAAGCUAAGGAAUCAGGAUCUGGGUCUUUCACCCUUAGUUAAACUAUUUCAAGCAUAUUAAGUACCGAAGAAAAAAGAGAGGUUUUGAAGUUCUAAGGGUUGUAAAAGGGAGCGGCGAGCUGAUUCAUUUCAACGAGACCCCGACUGGGAGUUUUUAUUGGGGAUAAAAAAAUUGAAGACACAGUUUUGAUACGGUGAACAUAGAAGCAGUUAAAUGGUGAAUGUCACAGCAGGCAUGUCUGGAGAAAAUUAGAGUCUGAUUCUGUUCUAAUGAAAAACCAUGGGCUCUAAAGAC